CUUAAAUCAAUUAAUUGGCAUCUCAAUUACACACACAACUCCGCGGAAUACCAAUCAAAGUUGAAAUCAAGGCCCGUUUCUACAUUCCAUUUGCAAGUAAACCCUUGAAAAUGGAAAUUACAGAACCAAACGUCACCUAAAUCAAUGACACCUAUCUAACGUAGUUGGUGUUGGAUAUCAAACAAGGAAAGCCCAUCAAAGUUAAACAGCCCAAGUCUAUUAGAAAGUGACACCUUACAUUAUUAUUACAUGGCAUAAUAAAAAAACCAUCCAUUACUCUCUACUCAAAGUGGAACCCUCAAAUAUAAAAUAGUGGUUAAUAUUAUUAUUAUUGUUAUUAUUCAGUUUUCGGUGUUGGGUAUUGGAUUUCAGUUUCCUGUCAUCGCUUGGUUUAAGAUUUGGAGGAGAUCCAAAUCGAAUUGCAUUGAAUGCUGAUCACCUGAAAUUCCGCCAGAUCUCCCUCUCCGACGCUCUUGAAAAGCCGAUACCCCUUCCGGAUCAAACCACAGCACCGCUACCUACCUAGGGUUAGGGUUGGGUUCGGGGUUCCAACAGAAAAUGGCGGUCUCCGAUGGCGUGGUGAAGAAAAUCGUUCUCUCCUACACCUACGUGGCGGUAUGGAUCUUCCUGAGCUUCACGGUGAUCGUGUACAACAAGUACAUUCUAGAUCGGAAGAUGUACAACUGGCCGUACCCGAUCUCGCUCACCAUGAUUCACAUGGCUUUCUGUUCCUCCCUCGCUUACAUUCUCGUUCGUGUCUUGAAGAUGGUGGAACCCGUUUCCAUGUCACGUGAUCUAUACCUCAAAUCCGUUGUUCCAAUCGGUGCUCUCUAUUCCCUUUCUCUAUGGUUCUCCAAUUCCGCGUAUAUAUACCUCUCUGUUUCCUUCAUUCAGAUGCUCAAGGCUCUUAUGCCUGUCGCUGUUUAUUCGAUUGGGGUUUUGUUCAAGAAGGAGACGUUCAAGAACGAAACCAUGGCUAACAUGGUUUCAAUUUCGCUAGGGGUUGCAAUUGCUGCUUAUGGUGAGGCUAAAUUUGAUGCUUGGGGUGUUACCCUUCAGCUUAUGGCGGUUGCGUUUGAGGCUACUCGGUUGGUUUUGAUCCAGAUUUUGCUUAAUUCAAAGGGAAUUUCAUUGAACCCUAUUACCUCGCUUUAUUACAUUGCUCCGUGUUGUUUGGUGUUUUUGUCUAUUCCUUGGAUUAUCAUGGAGUACCCUUCGUUGAGGGAUAAUUCCAGCUUCCAUUUGGAUUUUACAAUUUUUGGGACUAAUUCCGCUUGUGCUUUUGCGUUGAAUCUUGCUGUGUUUUUGCUGGUUGGAAAGACUUCGGCUUUGACUAUGAAUGUUGCUGGGGUGGUCAAGGAUUGGCUAUUGAUUGCUUUCUCUUGGUCUGUGAUAAAGGACACUGUCACGCCUGUUAAUUUGAUUGGUUAUGGGUUGGCGUUUUUGGGGGUUGGCUACUAUAAUCAUUCCAAGUUGCAGGCUCUUAAGGCUUCCGAGGCUCAGAAGAAGGCUCAACAGGCUGAUGAAGAGGCUGGAAGGUUGUUGGAACAGAGAGACGGGGAUGGGAGUGGAAGGAAGAACGAAAACCAGAACUGAUUCAACCGCUGAUCUCAUUUUUGGACACAUUAUCACUCAUUGUUCGAUUCAUGUUGAGUGAGGCAGGUUUUGUUUUUGGGUAUGUGCUGUACUGUACUGCUAAUAGGUAAUUAUUAUUACUAUCAUUAUUAUGUUACUUUGCCCUGUUUAAUUGUCUUACCCUUCUUUGGAUUAUAUUAGCUGUGUAUUGGGGGCUGAGAUUGACAUUUGUCCCUUGUAUUGCUGAUUCAGUGAUCUGUGUUUAUGACUAGUAGAGAAUGAAAUUAAGCAUUAUGGAUAUUCAUCAAGUUUAUUUUAUUGUCGAAUAUCAAA